UUUCUCCAUUGGACUGUAAUGGCUUCAAUUCAGACAAUGAUAAUCCAGCCCAUUGAAAAAAAAAAUGUAGACAAAGAGAGACUUGCGCUUUUGAUAAAAGUCCAUGAAUGAUGGAACAACAAGGCCUUUGUCUCUUAGACGCGCUGGAAGUGUCUCGAACAAUUCAAAACGGCCAAACUUUCUCUCUGAUUGCCGUACAUGGACGUCAAUCUUAAAAACCACCCUCAACACAGUAUCUCUGUUCAACAAGGACACAGAAAACAACAAGUCACAGAAUGGCCCCGAACGACGAGAAGAAACGCCUCGUGACAGAGCAACCAGAGCCCCUUGAUUAUCACGACAUGCACUACAUGGACGACAUGGGGAAGAUGGACGUAGACGCAGAGCUCUUUUGCCAGUACAUGGGCUGCAUCCCCGAAAACAACCUGGGCAUCUGGUACCCGCGGGCCAGCGACGCCUUUCUCCACUGGGCAAACGAGCACCGGCGCGGCGGGUGGCACAGCCCAGCCACGCGCGCCGAGGCCCAGGGCGUUGCCGCCGCCCGGCAGGAUCGGCACCGGCACAACAUCCCCGCCGACACGCGGAGCUCCAGGGUGCGGUUGGAGCUCGUCAAGAGGACGGGGGAGCAGGGUCGUCGGCAGCAGCGCUGCCUGCACAAGCCGGAGCAGCCGAGCAGGCUGAGGCAAGAGAUGGUGCCCGACGAGCUCGAGGGUGAAGGCGGCAACAAGAGUCAUGGUGCUGCGUCGGCCUCGACGCCUGUGGAGCCGGUGCUGGAGAAUCCAUCUAGUGGGCUGAAGAAAGAGUGAUGCUCUCCACGGAAGACAGUGUGUUUCGAGGACUAACUACCAGCUCUUGAUAGAUCUUUCAGCUCGAGUAGAGCUUCAUAAUGUGCUUGGGCCGUAAUUGUAAAUAACACGCUUUCUCCAGGGGCUGCUGGUAGUAGGACGUCUCCACAACAAAUGCUGGAAAAUACAAGGUGGAGCAAGACACAUAACAACCGCACAUGCGCGAAUUGUAUGAUCUGCCCUGUGAUACAUUAAAGUCAAAUAUAUACUUAGGGCGAUGUUGGGUGGCUUGGACCCAAGAGCUCCAGGAACCAGCAACGAAUUGCUCGCGGGAUAAAAGGCCAUGUUCUACAACACAAUACCAACUGGAAACGAGG